CCCACUUCCUCCCCUUCUGUUUUGCCUCGUUCCAAAGCCCACCCAGCUUCAUCCCUCACCAUUUCGCCCGGCCUCAAACCCUAACCUAGCCCUGAAGUCCACUUGGGAUUCCCAGAUUGCGUCCCUAGUAGGAACGCAGGCGCUGACUCUGACACUCCGAGAGCUCGGCGCGACGCCGCGCCCGGAAGCCCGCACCUUUGCGCCCCGCGCAGCGCACCUCGGCACACCCCAGCGCUGCGGCCAGGAGCGAGCCUCUGGCCUCCCCAGAGGCAGAAGCAAAGGCUAGGGGACCGAACGGCACUGGGCCAGAUCUUCCCUCCUCUUCCAAGCCGGGCUUUGCGGAGAGAGGGAGGGAGGGAGGGAGAUAAGGAGGCAGCAGCAGGCAGGAGCUGGGCGGAGUGUCCCUGGGCCCCCUCCUCCCAGGGAUGGGCGGGGGCGCUAUUCCCAGCCGCUUCUCGAGGCAACAGCAUCACUUUGCUGGGAGUCUUCCUAGCUAGGGAGCCGGGCCGGCGGCGGUGGAGGCAAGAGAGAGAGCGGAGGAGAGGAAGGAAGGAAGGUGGGGGAGAAGAAGAGAGAGAAGAAGGAAGAAAGAAAAAGGAGAGAGGAAGGGAGGGAGAGAGAUAGAGGGAAGCAGCAGCCUCUUUCCCCAGAUUGCCUGUCCCACUUUCCUCCUCCCCAGUUGAGUUUGUUCCAGUCGGGCAGAAGCCGAGAGCCAGGAGCUGGGCAGAGGGCUGAGCUGCUUGAGCCCCAGCCUAAACCCGAGCCGGAGCUGAGGAGAACUGGGCUCGGCUGCGCUCGCUCGGACGGGUUGCACCGGCUGGGUUGGGUUGGGCUGGGCUGGGCUGGGCUGGGCUGGGUUGGGCUGGGCUAGGCUAGGCUAGGCUGAGCUGGGUUGGGCUGGGUUGGGUUGGACUGGGCUGGGCAAGGCUCGUGGACACUCCAGGCUGCCCGGAGAGGAGUGAGACGGGCGAGGACCCCCGCAGGAGUCGUUUGGGCUUUGGAAAGAAGGAGCACAAUCGCCGAGGACAGCUCCUAGAGCCCCCCUGGGCUGGAGGCGCCGGCUGCGCUGGGACUUCACUGCCUGCUGCCGCUGCCGCUGCCGCUGCUGCUGUUGCUGCCGCCGCCGCUACUCGCUCGCUUCCGCGGCUUGGUCAGGUGGUGCCAGGAUGAAUUUGCAGCCAGGACAAUGAGGGAGGAGUGUACAACCUGCUCAGGAGGGACUUUCUCCAAGUGAGACUAGACGCCUGCCAGACUGACUCUAGCGCGAGAACUAUGAGGCUGGUAUUAAUGUUCGCCUGCGUCGUGCUGUUCGGGACAGCAGGACUUGUGGUCUUCAUGCACCUGCAGGACCCAGUGGAAAUCAUCCCUCAGCAGACAGCAGGAGUAAAGUAUAAUGCUCAACGCCACCGAAACGACUGUCCAACAGGCAGCAGCCAGGAUGGCAAAGGGACGGGGCAUAAAGCCGGAGCCUUGGCAAGGGUCGCUCCCCAGGGCUCCCCGGGCCCAGGGGCACGGAGCCAGGAGCAGCAGCUGAAUGGCUUGGUGCUGCUGGUGAGAGACCAGGCAAAGCCUGGGCCAGAAGGUGGCCGAGUCCAGCUCCGGCAGCGCCGGAGGAGGCUCCUCAUCAAGAAGACGCCCAUCGUCAUUGCUCUCAACAGCUCCACCAUCACCCUGGCUCAGCUGGGCCCCCGGGAAGGUGGAGCCCCCGAGGGUCACUGGCGCCGCCUCUACCAGGUGCAGCAUGAGCGAAAGAGGAUCAUGAGAGACACGUGCGCCAAAUACAAGAGCAACAGCCGCAGGGUCAUCACGCCCUACCACGUGUCCCGCAUCUUCGUGGAGGACAAGUACCGAGUCUUGUACUGUGAGGUGCCAAAGGCUGGCUGCUCCAACUGGAAACGGGUCCUGAUGGUCCUCAGCGGCCUGGCCUCCUCCACCAGGGACAUCCAGCACAACACCGUCCACUAUGGCAACACUCUGAAGAGGCUGGACGGCUUCGACCGCCAGGGCAUUUCUCACCGCCUCAACACCUACACCAAGAUGCUGUUCAUCCGGGAACCCUUUGAGAGGCUGGUCUCUGCUUUCCGAGACAAGUUUGAGCACCCCAAUAGCUACUAUCACCCAGUUUUUGGCAAGGCCAUUCUUGCCCGGUAUCGGAUGAAUGCCACACGGGAGGCUCUAAGGACGGGCUCGGGGGUGAGGUUCUCUGAGUUCAUCCAGUACCUGCUGGACGUGCAUCGGCCCGUGGGCAUGGACAUUCAUUGGGACCAUGUAAAUAGGCUGUGCAGCCCUUGUCUCAUUGACUAUGACUUUGUGGGCAAGUUUGAGAGCAUGGAGGAAGAUGCCAACUUCUUCCUGCGCCUCAUUGGGGCCCCCCAGAACCUGACCUUCCCCAGGUUCAAAGACAGGCACUCGAAUGAGGAGCGGACGACCACGAGGAUCGCCCACCACUACUUUGCGCAGCUGUCGCCUCUGCAGAGGCAGCGCACCUAUGACUUUUACUACAUGGAUUACUUGAUGUUCAACUACUCCAAGCCCUUCGAUGACCUGUAUUGACAGCCAAGGUGGAAGGGCCUGGCUUGGGUCUGCUCCAGGGGCCCGGUCUGGGUCUAAUCUAGGACCCGGUCUGGAAGGACGGGGUGUCUUCACUCUGGGAGCUGGCAUUCCCAGAAACACUUUGUAUUUCCUCACUCUGGGAGCUGGCGUUUCCCAGAAUACCUGCCCUUCCCAGAAGGACCUGUCCAUGGAGACCAUGCCCAAGACGGAGAGAUGGUGGGGGCUCUGGUGCCCUUUCAGGAAUCAGUGCCAUGGCUGUACUCGGCUGUGAACUAAGUGAUGGCAGCGGGAGUGUGUGAGUCAGCACGGCAGGGAACUCGGCCCCCCUCCUCCAUUCUGAGGCUAACAGUGAAGCCCCUACAGUGCAGUGGGGCUCGAGGUAGCAGCUGUAAAAGCACAGCGCCGUGGUGUCCCGACCAGGUGGGCUCACGGAGAGCUCGGGGAUCAUGAGCCAGAGAGGUCUGACACCGGAGGAAUCGGAGGCUGAGGCUCUGCGCACCGGUGGGAAGGUGGGGAGGGAAUUCUCGGACCCCAUAUUCCGUUUUCCUUUGGCUCUGCAGGCAGAGAUCCCUGUGGAAUUGGGUUCUCAAUAAAGCACAUGUUUUCCAA